CAAACCACAUGUUGUUGUCAUAACUCGGACGCACUUAUCACGGAGAACAUUGUUUCUUGGAUUCUUGAUCACAGACUGAUUCUUGAUCAUUAUUUAUUGUGCAAUAAUUUAAAAUGGUUAAAGUGUGGUACAUAAAUGAUGAAAGUGUAGACCGAAGCCCGCCAAAAUUUAUUUCUGUCGAUGAAUUAUUUAGAAAAACUGGAGUGGAAUAUUUCAAGCUAAACAUAGAUGCGUACAAAACCGAUGGAGUUCUGGACAAAAUAAAAGAGGAGCGAGGAUACAGCUACGAAGACGAGCUCGUGUUCUCCAAGGACAGCCUGGCUGACUACGAGGAGAAGAUCAAGUCCUUCAAGACGGAACAUCUGCAUUCUGAUGAGGAAAUCAGAUUAAUCCUCGACGGACUUGGCUACUUCGAUGUACGUGAUGGCUCCGACCAGUGGAUCCGCAUCGAGGUGUCAGCCGGCGACAUGAUCAUACUGCCCGGGGGCAUCUACCACCGGUUCACUCUUGGCCCAGAUAACUACGUAAAGAUGAGGCGGUUCUUCAGUGCGGAGCCAGUAUGGCUGGCGUACAAUCGGCCUUCAGAUGAGCUGGACUGCAGGAAGCAGUAUGUGGACAGACUCAGGCAGGGCUUCGUGGCUGCCAACUGACGUGUCAUGAACGCGAGAUGACUCCCGCCAUCCAUAUGGGACACCUAUUCUGUCGUCAUAUGAGACCUAUCUCUUAUGACGUCAGAAUAAGUGGCCCAUAUGUUCCCAUAUAUUCAUAUGUUAAAUGCGCUUAGUAGGAGCGCAUUUAACAUUUCCUUUUCAAAAUCCGAAAUUGAUACUGAAUUUUUGUUUGAAUUACAUUUUAUCUAUAAAUGUAAAGAAAUACAAUUAAAACUAAAUUAAACUUGUACUAAAAUAUAACAAAAUAAAUAUUUACAAAAAUGCCAGUCCCGGCAAUUCGUUGCCUUGAGGCAAUGUACCCAGAAGGCUGGCAGCAUUGCCACGUUGUAUGGCAAUGGUGAUUAUCUGGGCGAGAUAUUUUUUUAUUGAAAAUAAAGAAUGAUUGUUUACAUAUUUGGUAUUUGCACUAACACAAAAUAAGUAAACAACUCGAUUAUGAAAAAUAUAUGUUGGACGCUCUUGCUUAUGACGACAGUUUCAUGAAAGAAAGUGCCACUAAAUCCUGUAUUAGGUAUUUUUCUUAACUGAAAUAAAAUAAUAUAGGUACUUACA